AUGUCAACAUCAGUCAAAGACCUCCUCCUCAUCCCCUCAGACGCCAUGACCCUCCAUGGAAAGGUCCUAGGCGCAGACACAACAGCAAAAACAUACCUCCUCAACUGUCCACCCGACUCUGAUAGCUGUGACAGAAACGGCCAGACAAUCACUCUAGAACCAUGGGCCGAGAAAUCACUCGCAUCAAGCGCAGACCCAACAGGAACCAUGGACGUAGUCAUCACGGAGCCACAAGACGGCACAAAGUGGUACUACUCGCUUCACUGCGAGAUGAGCAGAUCUGUUGCGCAGGCGUGUACCAUGAUUAACAGACCGGCUGAUGGACCCUCGACUAUUGGAUUGAAGACGUACAAGGGGGAGUCGGCUUUGAGAGAGAUUUAUGGACCUACGUUUGAGUAUGGGAGGGUUACACUUACUGCUGGGCUGGAGAAGCUUAAGAGUGAGUAUCCGAAUACCACUACGGCUGAGGGUACAGAGUCUAUUUCUAAGGAGACUGGCAGUUCUACGGCUGGUGCUGAUGCCCCAGCUGAGUCGAACGGCGGUUUGAGGGGCGUGAAACUUUCUCUGGCUGCGGUAUGCGCUGGAUUGUUUGCUACAAUGGCAUUGUCGAUAUGA